AGGGCGGGUGUGGGAGCCCCGAGGCUCUCCUGGGGUCGGGGCCCGGGUGCUGACUCAGGCAGAGAACAGGGAUCUGUCCCAGCAGGCGCAGUUCAGCACCAGCAGACUUUGCUGGCUCCAUGGCGUCCCCCAGGGCCCAAAUCCAGGCCGUAGUCACCGAGAGGCACAGGAUGGGCGAGUGCCCCGUGUGGGAGGAGGCUACAGGGCAUCUGGUCUACGUGGACAUUCAUGCACAGACCGUGUGCCGCUGGGGUCCGCACAGCACUAAGGUGCAGGCAGUGCACCUGGGACACCAGGUCGGCUGCGUGGCCUUGCGCAGCCAGGACAAGGGCGGCUACGUGGUGGCCGUGGGCACCUGCCUGGGCCUCCUGGACUGGGACACCCAACAGGUGCAGUGGGUGGCUCAGCUGGACAGACAGAAACCCCACAACAGGUUUAAUGAUGGCAAAGUGGACCCCGCGGGGAGGUUCGUGGCAGGCACCAUGCCCGAGCCCUUGGCCCCUGGCGUGUGGGAGCCUGCCCAGGGAUCCCUGUACUCGCUGCAAGGGAACCACUCGGUGCUGCGGUUGGCCGACCGGCUGGGCAUCCCCAACGGGCUGGAUUGGUCGACUGACCAGCGUACAUUCUACCAUGUGGACAGCCUGGACUAUGCGGUGCAUGCAUACGACUAUGAUGUGCAGGCUGGCACCAUUGGGAACCGCCGGCUUCUGUUCCAGAUGCCGCGGGGGCGAGCCAUGCCUGAUGGACUGUGUGUGGAUAGCGUGGGGACGCUGUGGGUGGCCUGUAUCGACGGUGGCAAGGUCAUCCGCCUGGAUCCGCAGACAGGGUCGUGUCUGUGCACUGUGGACCUGCCGGUGACUAGGGUCACGUCCUGCUGUUUCGGGGGCCCCGACUACUCGGAUCUGUAUGUGACUUCGGCAGCUGAUGGGUUAAGCCUGGAACAGCUGCAGCGGGAGCCCCAGGCUGGACACGUGUUCAAGGUCUCUGGCCUGGGUGUGCGUGGCCGAGCAUGUUUCCCCUUCCUGGGCUAAGGCUGCUUGCUCAGCUGCGUUUCCCAGAAGGAUAUGG